AAAAAUUCCAAGAUAAUUAUUUACAUACGAUUUACUAAAGUCCCAUAACGUUAAGUCCUUCAAGAGAGUAAGUCGCCAUCAAUUUUUACCUCUAGUUUUAAAAAACAAGUUUAAUUUCCCGCCGUUACCACACAUUGACAUUAAAAACCGAAAGGUUCCGUCAAUUCCCGAUUGCGACUUACUUUCCGGGAAGAUUUCAUAUCAUACACGUGAGUGUCAAUGUCAACUUUUGUUGACUUGAUACAUCAGUUCACCGACAAACUAUUUUCAAAAAAAAUAAUUAAAAGUAAUGAAUAAUUUAAAUAAUUUCGGUAAAUACACACUUUCAAAUGAUUCUAUAAAUAAAUUACUCAAGUGCGAAGAUUUGAUAAAGCCAACAUAUCAACCUAGUGACUCCACUUGGCACAAUUUAUUCACAGAGAAACAUGAACUCCAAGACCAAGACCAGGACCAAGACGUUUCCAUGGACAUUGACCAUGUAAUUGACGACUUGGAAGCUCCUGCUGAUGAGCCACUGCUCCAGUCUUCGCAAUUUUUUUUCACCCAAGUCGAGAGAAAAAUUCCCGCAGCACCUGUUGCGCUCAAAGCAAAAGGGAAUGACUUAAAUAAUAUCGCUGAAGUCAUCUACGAGUCUUUGGAGCAAAGUAAAAAAUUAAAUACCGAGUAUUUAAAUAAUUUGAAUGAUCAAGAGGUUUCAGUUGUCAUGGAAAAAUUGUCUGAGAGAUGUAAUUUAAAUAAUACUUAUGACCUGUGCAAUUUUAUUUGCGAUAUGGAUGCUGAUUUAGCUAGUCGAUACAUCAAAGUUAUUUGUUCUAAAUUAUUACUCCAAAAGAUUAUUGACCUAGAAGAACCAACGAGACUCAUAACAGUAGUAGUGAGUAAAUUAUUAAGUAAAUUUCCUCAAGAUAUUCAGAAAUUAAUAUUCACUCCUCUAAUUAACGCUGAUCUGAAAGACACAUCAGCAGUAUUGGAGAUCGUUAAAAAUUAUCCACGGCAACAAAAGCUUGAACUUAUUUCGGAUUUUUUAACUGUACAAGAACUAAAAGACUGGCAUAUAUCGAUCAUCCCCUCGCUGAUAAAUAUUAAAAUUGAUAACAACAUGAAGGAUCGAUUGAUAAAAUUGUUGGUAGAAAAGUCGACUAGUUUUUCAAAGGAUAAAAAUUACAGUAAAUUUAUUUUGUCGUUUAUUAAAUUAAACCCGCCGUUUACCGAAGAACAGAAGAGUUCCCUGGACGAGAUUGUCGCCGUCAAUGAGACUAUUUUUAAGAAAGCCAUGGAAAAUAUUCUGAGCAACAUGCAUUUUCAUCGUGAUCUCUGGCAUAUUAAUGCAGCAAAUUAAAUUACUAAUAAAAAAUUUAAAUAUAUUUAUAAUUAUUUUGUGGGUCUGAAGUUUUCUGCUGUAUCGACGCUUGUACGAGAGACUGAACAAGGAUCAGCUGAUAGCAGUCACGUUGUCAAUAUGACUGAAGAACUGUCAGGA